AUGGAAUAUAUCGCAGAGACUGAAAAGCUGUGGGGAUCUAUUUGUGCUCGUUACAAGCCUGGCCAUAUCGAGAUUGCCGGCGUAAUUUCAAGUCAAAUCAUCGGCCUCAUUAUUCCAGCAACCGUUUACGUGCUUCUUGAUGUAUUUCUCCCGAGUUUCUCUCGGAUGCAUAAAAUUCAAAGCGAACGUCGGCAACCUACAUGGCCCCAGAUUUGGCAUUGCAUGCAAGUAUCAAUGUUCAAUCAACUAUGGAUCAUCGGGCUACAUGCUCUCGCUAUUUAUUGGAUUGGCUUUGAUCACAGCUUCAUCUGGAUGGACCCUCGCCUUCCAUCUUUGAAGACAUUGAUAAUAGACUUCCUUUUUGGGAUGGCUGCAAGUGAGGUUAUGUUUUACUACGUACAUCGUGCCUUGCAUCAUCCUAGCAUAUACGUUUAUAUCCAUAAGAUGCACCACAAGUACACGGCACCAAUCAGCUUUGCCGCGGAAUAUGCACAUCCCAUUGAACAUUUUAUCGCCAACGUUCUUCUUAUUGUUCUGCCUUUGACUCUGAAGGGGACUCACUUUUUGUCGCUUAUGGCCUUUUCUGUCUUCGAGUUUUACCAAGCUGCGGCCGACCAUAGUGGCUACGAUUUCUUCAAGCUACCGUCCGCAUCAAUCUAUGAUCUUCACCAUGAGAAGUUUCGCGUCAACUACAGCACAUUGGAAAUUAUGGAUCGGAUCCAUGGCACCGAUAUUGUGGUUUGGGAUCGUUCGAGUCAACAGGAUGUCAGGAAGUUCAAAAACAAGGGCCAGAAAGAGGAAUGA